UUUGUGAACCGAAGUUUAGCCAUGGAAAAAAUAAAGUGUUUUGGUUUUGAUAUGGAUUAUACCCUUGCAGGAAAGCCAGUGUAACUCCUUCAAGACUGGAGUGGCACACACUACCUGCAUCUGCCUCAUUGUACAAGUCUCCGGAGUAUGAAUCCCUUGGCUUUGAGCUUACUGUGGAGAGAUUAGUUUCCAUUGGUUAUCCUCAGGAGCUGCUCAGCUUUGCAUAUGAUUCUACAUUCCCUACCAGAGGACUUGUCUUUGACACACUCUAUGGAAAUCUUUUGAAAGUUGAUGCCUAUGGAAACCUCUUGGUUUGUGCUCAUGGAUUUAACUUCAUAAGAGGACCAGAAACUAGAGAGCAGUAUCCAAAUAAAUUUAUCCAACGAGAUGACACUGAACGGUUUUACAUUCUGAACACACUAUUCAAUCUCCCAGAGACCUACCUGUUGGCCUGCCUAGUAGAUUUUUUUACUAAUUGUCCCAGAUAUACCAGUUGUGACACAGGAUUUAAAGAUGGGGACCUCUUCAUGUCCUACCGGAGUAUGUUCCAGGAUGUAAGGGACGCCGUGGACUGGGUCCAUUACAAGGGCUCCCUUAAGGAAAAGACAGUUGAACAUCUUGAGAAGUAUGUAGUCAAAGAUGGCAAGUUGCCGUUGCUUCUGAGCCGAAUGAAGGAAGUAGGGAAAGUGUUUCUUGCCACUAACAGUGACUAUAAAUACACAGAUAAAAUCAUGACAUACCUGUUUGAUUUCCCACAUGGCCCCAAGCCUGGGAGCUCCCAUCGGCCCUGGCAGUCUUACUUUGAUCUGAUUUUGGUGGAUGCACGGAAACCACUCUUUUUUGGAGAAGGCACAGUCCUGCGUCAGGUGGACACAAAAACUGGAAAACUGAAAAUUGGCACCUACACAGGCCCCCUGCAGCAUGGCAUUGUCUACUCGGGAGGUUCAUCUGAUACAAUCUGUGACCUGUUGGGAGCUAAGGGCAAAGACAUUUUGUAUAUUGGAGAUCACAUUUUUGGAGACAUUCUGAAGUCAAAGAAACGACAAGGGUGGAGAACUUUCUUGGUGAUUCCUGAGCUUGCCCAGGAGCUCCACGUCUGGACUGACAAGAGUUCACUUUUUGAAGAACUUCAAAGCUUGGAUAUUUUCUUGGCUGAACUCUACAAGCACCUGGACAGCAGUAGCAAUGAGCGCCCGGACAUCAGUUCCAUCCAGAGACGGAUUAAGAAAGUAACUCAUGACAUGGACAUGUGCUAUGGGAUGAUGGGAAGCCUGUUUCGUAGUGGCUCCCGGCAGACACUCUUUGCCAGCCAAGUGAUGCGCUAUGCCGAUCUCUAUGCAGCAUCGUUCAUCAACCUGCUGUACUACCCAUUCAGCUACCUCUUCAGAGCUGCCCAUGUCCUGAUGCCGCACGAGUCAACGGUGGAGCACACACAUGUGGAUAUCAAUGAGAUGGAGUCCCCUCUUGCCACCCGCAACCGCACAUCAGUGGAUUUCAAAGACACUGACUAUAAGCGACAUCAGCUUACAAGGUCCAUUAGUGAGAUCAAGCCCCCCAACCUCUUCCCACUGGCUCCCCAGGAGAUUACACACUGCCAUGAUGAAGAUGAUGAUGAGGAAGAAGAGGAGGAAGAAUAAGAAGGCAGAUUAGAAACCCUGAGCACCCAUCAAGUCUGACGGACCCACGGGGCAAGGGGUGGCCUUGUUUGGAUUCUGUUAGGGAGGGUGGGAGGACUCCAGCAGAAGUCCUGGAAAGUUUGGGAAGUUUCUGAAGGCUUUAAAUAAUUCUAAUCAUAGCUACUUCAGUUUUGUGUAUCUGUUCUCUGCAGAUGGUUUGAAACUGUAUAGGAAGAACAGGUAAAAGCAGGUGGAGUGCACGCAGAUGGCACCAUGUGGCUUGUGAUAGUUUUCUGUGUCUGUUGUCAUCGUGUCAUCUGGACGUAUGAAGGUAGUAAAGGGUUUCCGAGCAGAACCACGGGACUGGUGGGAAGAGGAGACCCACAGUAUAUAGACUGUACCACUGCUCCAAACCGCACUUGUCCAGAGCAUCACAGUGUUGUUUAUCAUUAUCAGUAGUCAGCCCCUGUUGAGGUCAAGUUUCCUUCCGUUAGCUUUUGGGCUUCCUCAGUGGCGCUGGUGAGGCUGCUGCUCUGUCGCUUGGUGCCUUGGUGGCUUGCCUUGCUCUAGGUGAUUCUAGACUGUGGGGAUUUGAAGUUGAGGCAGAAGUCCUCAUCCUUGCUACAUUUUUUAAAGUUGGUAGCACAAAUGCUUUUCAUUAUGUAAAAACAAUCCUUUUGGGGAAUGUAGCUGAAGAGUACAAAGGAGCAAGUUCCCGAAUGGCAGCGCGCUACAGCCAGACCGGCCUUAGCAUCGCGGCCUGUGGGCACAUCCUCCUCCCAGCCACAGAGGUGGAGAGGGGAGGCCCCACAGCAGAGGGUACAGAAGGACUCAGUCGAUUCACAAGACUGAGGAUGACCUCGUGCCCUGAGGGAAGCCAGGAAGGCUGUGCCUGCCCUGCCAGUGCAGGGAGUUGGCCAACACUUGGAGUAGUUUUAUAGAUUCUUGCUUUAAUUUUCAUUUGCUCUCUUCCAUUCUUGGCCCUGGUCACUAGGGUACUGACUGCUCUAGAACUCAGUAAAGUGUAUGUCUAAUGCUGACAUUGGCCCUGUGUAGUACAACAAUCAGCCGUCAUAGCCAUUGCUCUUCAAAUGUGUUUAGGGUUGGUGUUCUUUUAAGGGAAAUACAUUUUCAAAAUUGCUAGCUAUAUCUGUAUCACUUUUAGUUAAAAAACAUGCUUCUAUGUACAGUGUUUCAUAGGUAUAAAGAUUUUUUCACUGAAGUUUUAAGCAUUUCUUAAAAAGACAAAGUUUCUCUAUGUAGCCCUAGCUGUCCUGGGACAUGUUCAGUAUGUAGAGCAGACUGGCCUCGAACUCACAGAGACAUGCCUGUAUCUGCCCCCUGGGUGCUGGGAUUAAAGGUGUGUGCCACCAUGCCUGGCUUGUUAAAGUAAUCAUUGAAAGGUAUGGGUCACAGCUCAGCAACUUAGCCAAGGCCUCCAGAUGCACGGUGUUCACUGACUUUACAGUAAGUCAUUCCAAGUAACAGGCAUUCUGACUGGAAUCUCUGGAAUAUAUUCGUGGACCAUGAGUUGUCAUCUCUGUGUUUAAAAUUUAGAGACCAUCAUAGCUACCCUACUUACUAGUUACUCUCAUUUAAGUUGACGUUGGGGAUGUUGCAUAGUUUGACAAUGUUAAGCCUUCCCAAGCCCAGAUCACCUUUGCGUGGCACGUGACAACUACAGAGUCACCUUGCAUUAGUGCAUUCCUUAGAGCAGAGGCAGACAUCACUCAGCUUACUUUCUAUGUUUACUGUGUUGUGUGGAUACUAUAGUUUUCUACUGGCCAGAUGGCACUGUCGGCCAGGCCACUCACCAGGAGAGCGAGCGAGUAAGCGAGCUGUGAAGAGCAAGCAGUCGCAAGAGCUCCAUCUCCACGCUGAGUCACCAGAAGGAGCUGCUAAGGAGCUGGGAUCUCCGCAUGCCCCUGGAUGUGCUGGCUGCUCUGUCCAGAGCAAGAGACUGAGCAGCGGUGACUGGACAUUUCAGAAUGCACACCACACAUUGUCUGUCACAGUAAACUUCUCCACAGUUUUCCUAAGUCUGAAUAAUUUAGAGGACAGAAAUGGCAGCCCUUCCGUCAAUCUUGGGAACCUCUCCUAGGGAUUCUGAAAACACUCAGUUUCCAGGCUUUGUAGAGCAUCAGAAUUCAAGAAUCCUUUCUUCAGUGCUAGACUGAGCUCCCCAGACUGGAGUGUGGCCCCAGGGAGCCCGGUGUUCCCAGUCCCACUGGGUCUCACCUGGUGUUCCCAGUGCCACUGGGUCUCACAGCCACAGCAACCACCUCAUGCACAGUUCCACAGAGGCGCUCCAGGAGAACAUUGAGUGUCUCAGAAACAUCUGAGGCAGAGGAAAUUCAAUGUUUAUUUUAUACCCAAGGUUCUCUUUUACCCCAAGCACAGAUCUGCAGAGAUCUGUGGAGUAAGCUAUGCCUGCUUCAAGUUGCUCUUUAAAUUUUGUUUAAAAUAGAAAUAGAAUAACUGAGCUACAAAUCUGUGAGUCACAUUGUGUAUGGGCAGAUUUCAGAUUUAAAAGUAGCUUGUCCAUGUUUAGAUAUUUAUAAAUCAGAUUUGUUUGUUUAACAGCUUUAAAGUCCUACAAUUUUUCCAAGGCUUCUAGGGUACUUUUAAGUCCUCUGCUUAUUCACCACAGAUAGCCUGAGAUAAACAACUGCAUAUUCGAGUCUGUAUUAGGGCAGGAACUUCGCUCACAUUCCAUGUUAUGGAAACUAUUUAACCUCUGAUGGUGGGAAAAUGGAGGCUAAGAUCGGUCUGUCGCUGUGCUGUCAGCCACCGCCUUCCCCAUGUGGUUUGAGAUUAGGCCCUCAGUAGUUACUUUCUCAUGACAUUCUUUCCUGGUGACUAGAAUUAGCUUCUCUCACAGUUUUUCCUAAGAGUGGAUGAUUUCUAAUCAUAUGCUUAGGAUGCCCAAGUUUGGAAUCCUUUCAAAGAUGAAUGAAAAGUAUGCACUAUAGUAAGAUGAAGAGGAGCUACACUCAGGCAUGCUAGCGAGCUACGUAGAUGAUCUACAUGCAUGCAUGCUAGUGAGCUGCAUAGAUGAUCUACAUGCAUGCAUGCCAGUGAGCUGCAUAGAUGAUCUGCAUGCAUGCUAGUGAGCUGCAUAGAUGAUCUACAUGCAUGCAUGCUAGUGAGCUGCAUAGAUGAUCUACAUGCAUGCAUGCUAGUGAGCUGUGUAGAUGAUCUACAUGCAUGCAUGCUAGUGAGCUGCAUAGAUGAUCUAUAUGCAUGUGACAUCAAAAAGCAGAGCCCAAUGACUGCAGCCCUGCAUUGCCUGCCACACACCUCUACUAACAGGCAAACAACACUUAACCUCCCCACUGCUGCCCAGAAGUAGCAGGAAGCAGAUCUAGAAAGAACAUUUACAAAACAUGCAGCUUUUCUCCUCGUCGCGUUUCCCUGCUCCUCAUCCUGUGGUGACAACAGUGUAAUGGUGUCCAACAAAACAGUAACGGCAAAAAAAUGAAAUGUCGCCAUGUGCCAUACCAGCAUGUCAGUCAACAACAGACCAGGCAUAUUACGGUGGCCUCAUAAGGUUAUGUCGUCUGCUGAUGCAACUGUCUAGUUUGUGAGUAUACAUGUCGUGCUGUUCCCAUGAGGUCGCCUCGUGACACAUUGCCAUGUGAAAUGAUGCAUGAGCGCACACAGUCCCCUAAGUUCCUCUUAGAGCCAAAACAUGAAACGAUACCCAACUCAACUCUGAACACCCGUCUCAGACUUGGACACCACAUGUAAAGUAAUCAGUAUUUUUCCAACUAAAUAAAAUUCUCAGUAUUGAGCCUG